AUGAUGAAACUUCCAGCGUUUAUUAUCAUCGUCUGCUAUCUAUGUCACUUUUGCAACUGUGGAACACUUCCAGCUGCACAACAAGCUGAACAAACACUUAUAACAACAUUAAUGAGUGGAUAUAAUAAGAACAUAAGGCCUGAUACCCAAGUUUCUGUUGAUAUGACUGCUUCGAUACAACAGAUCGUUGCUAUUGAUGAAAAACAACAAAUAAUGACAUCAACUUUGUUUAUUUCUCAAACGUGGUAUGAUAAUCGGUUAUCUUGGACACCUAGCUCGAAUAAUAAUAUAACAGUAGUCAUUAUGCUAGUUAGUACUUUGUGGAUACCAGAUACGAUGAUAGUGAAUUCAGCAGAUACAAAUGGCUAUCUCACAGUGAAUACCUAUAGUUUGGCAUCUGUUAACUACUCGGGCCAAGUUUAUAUGAUACUACCAGCUCUAUCGGUCAAAACAAGAUGUAGCUUCAAUGUUAAAAAUUUUCCAUUUGAUAAACAGAUGUGUAGCAUAAAUCUAACAUCAUGGGGUCAAGGAAUCAAUCGAGUCAUAUACACAGAAGACAAAACCUUAGUGAUUGAUUCCAGUGCAUAUAGUGAACAUCCUUUAUGGACAUUGAAUGGAACUGAUUUGGCUAUAGUUAGUACAGCAGAUAGGUCACCCUUUGAAGAUACCACCAAUGAUGUUCUAGCGAUACAGCUGUAUCUAGAAAGAAAACCAUUAUAUUUUAUAAUGAAUGGUAUAUUUGCAUGUUUGGUUUUGAACUGUGUUACUCUUCUAGCCUAUACACUACCUUUUGGAUCACAAAUUGGUCUAUGUAUGACAUGUUUCAUGACGUAUUCUGUUUAUUCCUUGAAUUUUUCCAGUCUAUUUCCACAACAAUCUCAAUAUGUAAUGAUAAUUACAAUUUACUUUUUACUUUCGAUGUGUUUUACAUUAAUAUCGAUGAUAUGGUUUAUCAUAUGUAAUCAGUUUGCCUCGAAAUCUGAAAUCCCAGCGCCGUUGUACGGCUUUUCUGGAGAAUUGCAAAAAUUGCUUUGGUGUUUCCCCGCGCCAAAAGAAGAGAAGAAGCCAGAUAAAAUGGAGAAGGUUGUUGUUGAAAAUGUUGAUGUUAAAAAGUCAACAAUGUUCGAAAAUAUGAAAUGUGUGUCUUGCCAAAAACUAUUUAGCUCGUGUCUUCAUAGACAAACUAGAGUUGAAAAUUUGGACGAAAAAGCGGACAUCAAAGUCGAUAAAGUUGAAUCUAACACAAUUGAAACAACAACAGAUGCGAAUGUUGAUGAGACAAACGAGACAACAAAAGCAAAAUGUAACUUUUGCAACAGAUGCGAGACGUGUCAAGCUGAUUUUGAUAAAGAUAAAGCAAAAGGCAAGACCAAAAAAGACAUUGAAGCUAGAUGCAGUGCUUUAAACUAUUUCGUCUUCAGUUGUAUGUUAUUAUUCAUGUUUGCUUCCAAUAUGGCUUUAUGGCUCUACAUGUCAAGUUGA